AUGUCGCAACGUUUGCUUCAAAUCUUCAUCAUUGGAAGCAAACAGACUCACCCUCUGUGCAAAAGCAAAAGAAACAGGACUACUUUCUCAACCCGGCAGCUGCACGAACUGGAGCAUGCCUUCAGGAAGACUCAUUACCCAGAUGUAUUUAUGCGCGAAAGACUGGCCACUAAAAUUAAGCUUCCGGAGUCUAGAAUUCAGGUGUGGUUCCAGAACAGGCGGGCAAAGUGGCGCAAGAGAGAGAAGCAGUGUCACGCCAACCAGUUUCUCGGAUUAGGAGUAGCCUACCCUUACCACCUCUGGCUUCCCCUGGGCGGCGUCAAGCUUCCGGUGCCUGAGCCCCCAUUCCGCUCACCGUGUACCUCCCUGCCGGCUCUGCUGACCAGAUCCUCCGCUCUGUCGUUACUCUCAGGUGCUCGCACCUGCCUACAAGACCAAGUUCCCCAGGAAGACAGUCUAACCUCCCUUGCCACAUGGCGGCGUUAACCUACGCUAGCAACGCCUUCAUGCCCAGUACAAUCUUUGGUUCUGGAAACGGCAAACGUCCAUAACACCACGUGACACUUCUUCCUCAUCCUUCAUUCCGUUUCAUUUUAUUUUCUUCCUUCAACCACCCCCAACUCCCAACUUUACCAGCCAUUUUUUCCACUCCAUAAAUUCCAGCCAUUUUCUGUGUAAUCCACUUUUAAAUUGUAAUAACAAGAAAAGCUGUCAUGCACUUGCAAUAAAAAUAAUUCUCAAACGUCUUCUUUUUCAGCAAGAGAAAAAGUUCAUAAUACCUACUUUAUUCCCAGUUCAUAAUGAAAGGCCUUCUCUCUAUUCUAUAGAGCUAUAUAUAUAUAUCCCACACUGUCUCUAUCUCUCUUACACACACACAAGCUUACUUGGCUUCAACCUUUGGUUUGACAGUAUAAGUCAUUGCAUUGUUUUUUGCUAACAAAUCCUGAAAAAUUGCAAUACAUCUUAAGCACGGUUAUUUUUCAUAAUUUUGUUCGACACGGACCAUUAUACAAUAAACUUAA